AUGGCAGCCGAUCCAUCGUUAGGAGACUCCUUUAUAGACCUGACAAUCGCACUGGAGCAACUCUGGCAGCAAGUGCGGCGUGAGCUUUCCAGGGAUGGUGUAAAGGAAUGGCUUUUAGGCGCUCCGGCACGCUACAAAAAGUGGUGGCUGAACUUGGUAGAGCAUGCUCCUGGCCACGUGGUGGUCGAGACAGCCUUGAUUCUGUUCAUUAUAUGGUUGAUCUUCUUGAGGAAGACCGUGGACCCGUCCAAGGAGGACAGUUUCUUGUCGGAGAAGGAAAUCGACCAGCUGGUGGAGGAGUGGCAGCCGGAGCCCUUGGUCCCGGGCCCGGACCCGGCCUGGGAUGAGGAGGACGCGCAGGCCUUGGUCGUAGAGGAGGUAGACGGGACGCGGGUGGUCGUGAACGGGAAAAAAAUGAUAAACAUGGCGUCCUUCGACUUCUUGGGUCUGGCCGGUCGAGGCGAAGUCAAGGAGGCGGCCCGCGCCGCCCUAAACAAGUACGGGUGUGGCUCUUGUGGACCGAGAGGCUUUUACGGCUCCAUCGAUGUGCAUGUGAUGGCCGAGCAAGCGAUGGCGGCUUUCUUGGGCGCGGAGGAGGCCAUUUCCUAUUCGGAUGCCGCCUCCUCGGUUUCCUCCACGCUUCCCGCCUUCGCCAAGAAGGGCGACCUGUUGAUCGCGGACGAGGGCGUGUAUGAGCCCAUCCAGACGGCCAUCAACCUCUCGCGCGCCCAGGUCCGGUAUUUCCGCCACAACGACAUGGAGGACUUGGAGCGCGUCUUGCGGGAGGUGGCGGAGGAGGACCGGCGACUGGAUCGGAACGAGCGAGAACAGCGUCGGUUCAUCGUCGUGGAGGGCCUGUACAAAAACUUCGGGGACCUGUGCCCCCUCCCCGCCCUCAUUGCCCUCAAGCGCCAGUACCGGUACCGCCUCUACCUAGACCAGACCUUCUCCUUCGGGUGCUUCGGGACGGCGGGCCGCGGUCUGGCCGAGCACUUCGGCGUGCCCCUCGCCGACGUCGAGGUCAUGUCCGUCUCGAUCUCGCACGCCCUGGGCUCGGUGGGGGGCAUGUGCGUGGGCACCUCCGAGGUCGUGGAUCAUCAGCGGCUCUCGGGGGCAGGCUACUGCUACUCCGCCUCUGCCCCGCCCUUCACCUCCUCCGCGGCCAUGGCGGCCUUGGCCCUCUUGGAAAAGGAGCCGGAGUUGGUGACGAAAUUGCGCGAAAAUGCUGUUUGGCUGGCUCGGGCGCUGGGGAAAAUUCCGGGGCUGAAAGUGAGGAGCCAAGAAAUUUCCCCCGUGCUGCACGUAGGCGUGGCCAAGGCGGUCUCUGACGGAUGGACGCGGGAGGAGGAGGAGCGGGUAUUGCAAGCCAUAGCGCGGGCAUGUGUGGACGCCGGGUACGCCGUGGUCACGAGCAAAUACACAUUGUUGGAUGUGGAGGCUGUGUCGAAAGGAGGGCUCUUGCCGGAGCCCUCGCUGCGGCUGGCGGUGUCGGCGGUCCACACGCGGGCCGAGCUGGAGGGGGCGGUGGAGGCGAUCAGGAGAAGCGCCGCCGGGGUCCUGAAGAAGCAUGCGGGUGGGAGGAAGGGUGGGUAG